AUGCUUUGCACAUCGCGGGCCGCGCUCGACCGCGCGAUCGCCAAGGAGGGAGCGCUCUCCAUCGUCGUGCUGCUGCGGCUGUCGCCGGCCAUGCCGCUCGUGCUCGCAUCGGCUCUGCUCGCGUUCACCCAGGUGUCGCUCGGCCCGUACACGGCGGGUACCGUCGUCGGCUUGCUGCCCUUCUCCGCGGUGUACUGCUACGCCGGCGCGGCGGGCGCGGAGGUUGCUGCCGACGCCGCCUCCGGCGCAGCGGGCGCGCACGAGGAGGGCCCGGGCUGCGUGCACUACGACUCGGACAACCGGGUCGGUCUGUCCAUUGGCCAGGAGGUGAUUGCGCGUCGCCUGCCCGACUUCCUCGCUCAGUUUGGGGCCGACCGUGACGCGGUGCGUCGCAAGAUUGAGCAGGUGCGCACCGACUGGUCGACGUACACUGGUUUCGAGUGA